CUUCCUAACGUUUCCAUCGCUGUUCGGAAGAAUAUAAACAUUCUUCAAUCAUCCAAUCGCUACAAACAAAUAUUUCCGUCUCCACCAGUCGUUGCUUAUAAAAGGAGUCCCAGCCUUCCUGACUUACUUGUUAGAAGCGCUUUAAGUGAUUGUAGCAUACAACAAGAAAAACCAUCUCCCGGCGUUUCAAAAUGCAAUCAUCCACGCUGCCUUACCUGUCUAUUUUAAAAACAAGGCCAAGCCGACUACACCUUCACCUCCACCCAAGAGAAACGACGUAUACAUGACCCCUUAAACUGUAACUCCAAAAACCUUGUCUAUCUCAUUGAAUGCAAAAAGUGCGGCAAACAGGACGUUGGGGAGACCAAGCGUCAUCUCCACCAACGCUUUGGGGAGUAUCGCCGCUCCAUUCUCAACUAUGGCCACUUUUCUAAUCCUACUCCUGUCUCCGAACAUUUUAAUCAAGCCGAUCACUCUAUCAACGACGUCCUUCUUAUUCCCUUAGAACUAAUCCAUAGCAACCGCAAGGCUCACCUCAUUGACAAAGCUAUGACUUUAGAACCUCAGGGUAUAAAUAGACGUGAUGAACUUAAUUAG